AUGGCGGAAUGCAGGAACUAAGAGGAGUGUGUUUCCUUUGUACAGGAAAGGGGGUUGGAAAGGAAAAUGAUGAAAGUUGUCAACCUCAAACAGGCCAUUCUCCAGGCUUGGAAGGAAAGGUGGAGUGAUUACCAGUGGGCUGUAAACAUGAAGAAAUUCUUUCCUAAGGGGACUACAUGGGACAUCCUGAAUUUAGCAGAAGCACUCCUUGAACAAGCCAUGAUUGGCCCAUCUCCAAACCCACUGCUUUUGUCCUACCUGAAAUAUGCAAUCAGUUCCCAGAUGGUGUCCUAUUCUACUGUUCUGAUGGCCAUCAGCAAGUUUGAUGAUUUCUCCCGAGACCUCUGUGUCCAGUCAUUGCUGGAAAUCAUGGAUAUGUUUUGUGACCGGCUCAGCUGCCAUGGCAAGGCAGAAGAAUGCAUUGGCCUCUGUCGUGCCUUGAUGAGUGUCCUCAUUUGGAUGCUGCGCUGUGCCGCCUUCUACACAGAGAAACUCAAGGAGCCAUUGGAGCAGGGAGCAACUGAGAUUCAGCUCAAGAUGUGCUUGGAGCGGCUGCUGAAAAUCCUUGGUAGCCCCAAGAACCAGGCCCUGAUUCAUAUAGCCAAGUUGGAAGAGACAUCUUCUUGGAAUGCCAUUGAGCAGUCACUUGCCAAACUGGGAGACAGCUUGGGACACAUCAGCAACAACCAACUGCGGAGCCAGGCUGAGGAGUGCAUCAGCCUUGUCAAAGGAAUCCCCACCAUGCUGUCAGUGCAUGCAGAACAGCUGAACAAAACUGGCUUCCCCACUAUCCAUGCUGUGGUGCUACUAGAGGGUACAAUGAACCUGACUGGAGAACCACAGCCACUGGUGGAGCAGCUCAUGAUGGUCAAAAGGAUGCAGCGUAUCCCGUCCCCACUUUUCAUUCUGGAAAUCUGGAAAGCCUGCUUUGUAGGCCUGAUUGAGUCUCCUGAAGGGACAGAUGAGCUGAAAUGGACAGCUUUCACUUUUCUCAAGAUUCCACAAGUACUGGUGAAACUGAAAAAAUAUCCCCAAGGAGAAAAGGAUUUCACAGAAGAUGUGAAUUGUGCCUUUGAGUUCCUUCUGAAGCUGACACCUCUGCUGGAUAAGGCAGAUCAGCGCUGCAACUGCGACUGCACAAGCCUCCUCCUUCAGGAGUGUAGCAAACAGGGUCUGCUUUCUGAAGCCAACAUGAACAAUCUCAUAGCUAAAAGGACUGCUGACCGAGAACAUGCCCCACGUUUAAAGUCUGCUGAGAAUGCUAACAUUCAGCCCAACCCAGGCCUCAUCCUGCGAGCAGAGCCUACAGUCACCAAUAUUUUAAAAACAAUGGAUUCAGACCACUCAAAAUCCCCAGAAGGGCUGCUGGGUGUUUUGGGACAUAUGCUUUCUGGGAAGAGCUUGGAUCUGUUGUUGGCAGCUGCAGCAGCUACAGGAAAGCUGAAAUCCUUUGCUCGGAAAUUUAUCAAGUUGAAUGAAUUCACCAAGCAUAUCAGGGAUGAAGGCUCUAAAGCAGCUUCGGUCAGAGCGCUUCUCUUCGACAUCUCUUUCCUCAUGCUGUGUCAUGUCGCCCAGACCUAUGGCUCUGAGGUAAUCCUUUCGGAAUCUAGCCCUCCUGGGGAGGUCCCUUUCUUUGAGACCUGGAUGCAAACCUGCAUGCCAGAAGAAGGAAAGAUCCUCAAUCCUGACCACCCUUGCUUCCGGCCUGAUUCCACCAAGGUGGAAUCACUAGUUGCUCUGCUCAACAAUUCCUCUGAAAUGAAGCUGGUGCAGAUGAAGUGGCAAGAAGCAUGUCUGAGCAUCUCUGCUGCCAUCUUGGAGAUCUUGAAUGCCUGGGAGAAUGGGGUUCUCACCUUUGAAUCUGUCCAGAAAAUCACAGAUAACAUCAAGGGGAAAGUGUGCAGCAUGGCAGUCUGCGCCGUGGCUUGGCUUGUGGCCCACGUCCGCAUGCUGGGCUUGGACGAGCGGGACAAGUCCCUGCAGAUGAUCCGGCAGUUGGGAACGCCCCUGUAUGGUGAAAAUACCCUGCAGUUCUACAGUGAAAGAGUGGUGAUCAUGAGCUCAAUCCUUGAGCAUAUGUGUGCUGAUGUUGUGCAGCAGACAGCGGCUUCGAUCAAGUUCCCAGCCACGGGAAUGGACCCCAUGCCCUACUGGAACCUCCUCCCUGCCAAGAAGCCCAUCAAAGAGGUGCUGAUGGAUGUCUUCUCCAAGGUGCUAGAGAAAGGCUGGGUGGACAGUCGCUCCAUCCACAUCUUUGACACUCUUCUGCACAUGGGAGGGGUCUACUGGUUCUGCAACAAUCUUGUCAAGGAGCUCCUGAAAGAAACAAGGAAAGAGCACGCAAUGCGGGCGGUAGAGUUGCUUUACUCCAUUUUCUGCCUGGAUAUGCAACAGCUGACACUUACCCUCCUGGGACACAUCCUACCCAAUCUGCUCACAGAUUCCUCCAAGUGGCAUAUGCUAAUGGAUCCACCAGGCAAGGCUCUCGCCAAGUUGUCUGUGUGGUGUGCUUCCAGCUCCUACUCCUCCCACAACAAAGGACAGGUAUCUGCCUGGCAGCGCAAAAGACAUCGAGAAGACAUAGAGGAUUACAUCAGUCUUUUCCCACUGGAUGAUACCCAACCAUCCAAACUCAUGCGCUUGCUCAGCUCCAAUGAGGAUGACACCAGCAUCCUGUCCAGCCCCAGUAAGUGGAAUCACGCAGACCGUACCAUGAGCAGCUCAUUGUCUGCCUCACAACUCCAUACAGUCAGCAUGAGAGAUCCUCUCAACAGAGUCUUAGCCAAUCUUUUCCUACUGAUUUCCUCUAUCCUGGGAUCCAAGACAGCUGGAACACAUACCCAGUUCGUCCAGUGGUUCAUGGAGGAGUGUGUAGACUGCUUGGAGCAGGGAAGCCGUGGCAGCAUCCUGCAAUUUAUGCCUUUCACCAUGGUCUCGGAGUUGGUGAAAGCAUCCACCAUGUCUAGUCCCAAAAUCGUCCUGGCCAUCACAGACCUCAGCUUGCCUUUGGGCCGUAGGGUGGCUGCCAAAGCCAUUGCUGCCUUGUGAAUAUCUCAUGGACUGUGCUAUAGGCAAGAACAGAACCCUGAGAGGACAUUUCUAAAGGUUGGGUAACGGCGAACAGACUGAGAGGGUUCGUGGGACAUGAGAAACCCGUUAGAAUGCUGAUGCUGCGCUGUGGUUAAAAUUCGUCUGCACCUGGCGGAAUAUCAGACACAGCAGAGGGUAAUGGGCUUCCUCCUGCUUCCUCCUUUUGCCCACUCCCCUCCUCCCAUUCUUCUGCAGUAUCCCAGGAGACGCUGAAGGAGCACACAAAUGCCUCCUGAGACAUGACGAGCCGUCUAACACUGGCCAUAUCUUGACUUUUUAAGAAGUACCUCUGUGUUGCCACACUUGGAAAAAUGAGGACAGCCUAAGACAACAUGAAUAUAUCCCCCAAAAGCUGGGAAUUCUGCUGCAAAGAGGGCUUUGUGCACAACCCACCUUUAAAAAAAUAGCACAAAGUUACAGUUUCACAAGUCUACCUGGAUGCAUACCAAAUUGCAACUUUAUAACUCACUGCCAGCUGUUUUUUAAUCAUUUUUCUUAAAAGGUGGGAGUUUGCAAAAGAGUUCCCAGGGUUUGUUUUGGUGAUACUCAUGUGGCCCUAAACUGCCCCCACUUUACCAAGCGUGGAUAAUACUGAUUCCCAAGAAUCUGUUAAAAAAAAAAAAAAAAAAAAAACAAUAUGGGAAACCUCCUCAAUUGCUUUCUUUCCAAGCAGGAUCUUCCGGGUUUUGGGGGGUGCUAAAAAGCGCAAACUCUCCCAUCAGUUUUGUAGUUUGCCCCAAAUGUGUAGCGCCUUGGGAAAUGACAAAACCUGAAGGGAAACUUCAUGGGCGGGAAGGUACAAAGAGUGUGAUUCAGUGGGAAAACCUGUCUCCCCUACCGCAAGUUUGAAGCACCUACCUGCUGCUGACAGGAGGUGGAGAGGUCUUUCCCAGCUGUCCCCAAGAGCUGCCUUCACAGUUUGGGGUACCUGGGAAAGGCAGUUGCCUGCUAGCCCUUGGCUAGAGUAGCAAGCCUUUCUUUUGUUCUUGACCAUGGUUUAUUUUGUUGUCUAGGUUCAGACAGCACAAUAAGCCACAGUUCGUUUAUUAAAUGCUACCACCCUACAGGUGGAGUGAUGAGUUCAAACAACAUGCUUGAACCCCUGUGGUUUAUAAUAUACCAUUGCUUAAUAUACCAAGCAAACCCACUUGCUAUGUUCCAAAGCUGCCAUGUUCCAAACCUGCCAACCGCACAUACAUGCGGCACAGAAGCAGGCACUGAAGUGAUGGGAGAAGUGGACAGGACAGAGAGGUGGCCUUCAAUUCACCUUAAGAAUGCCUGUGCAAGCUUGGACCCAGCAUAGUUGCUUCUCCAGACUUUACCAAGGAUUGUUGGUGUUCUUUCCUUUCAACCAGCAUCACCAUAUCAGCACUGGCAACAGCUGUUUGCAUGAUUGUUAAUAUUUGUAAAUGUUUUCUUCUUUGGUUUGUCUUGUUUAACAAAUAUUCCUCCAUCUAUCAGUUGCAUCAUCAAACAUUAUUAUAAAAAAACUUGCCCACCCAAGCAAUGAAAUCUUUUUUGCAGUGCUUGCAAAUUCUUCUUUGUUAAAUUAUGUUUUCAGAGCAGUUUCUCAAAUCAUUAUGAGAAUUUUAUAAUGUAAAAAACUCCAUAUUCCAUAACACUGUUUUUGUGAAGAGGCUGAUAUUCAUGAGAGUAUAUUAUAAUCAAAUCCCCAAAACUCGUAUUUCCUUGACUUUAUAUUACUUUUGUAAAUCAAAAUUUUUAUAAAUACAGAAAAAUAAAUUCACUUUGCUGUCUCCCACAAA